CAAAAUUAGCCCUCAACAGACGGCUAAAGACACGCCGAUACGAGACUCUCCGCUCGCAGCAUACAAAUCCCACCGGCGAUGCUCCGUCUUGAUUGGCUGCGUCUUUCUGUCAAUCACGUAAUGUUCCUUCCACUACCGCUCCUACAGUAAAUAUUUGUGUUUGCUCAACCGGCUGUAAUGGUGGACGACUGAGGCAGAGGGACGGAAUACAACUAGAGUGAAGAAAGAGAGGAAAAACGGUCGAAAGUCUGCUUCAGAGCCAGCCGCCGCGAGUAGGACACGGGCUUCGUCGAAAAUGGAUGAACUCAAACAUCAAGUCAUGAUUAACCAGUUCGUCCUGACGGCGGGUUGUGCGGCAGACCAGGCGAAGCAGCUUUUGCAAGCGGCACAUUGGCAGUUCGAGACUGCCCUCAGUGCCUUUUUUCAAGAAACAAAUAUUCCAUAUGGCCAUCAUCAUCAAAUGAUGUGCACCCCAGCCAACACACCAGCGACGCCCCCCAACUUCCCGGACGCGUUGACCAUGUUCUCGCGGCUGAAGGCGUCCGAGAGCUUCAACAGCAGCAGUGGUGGCAGCCCCAUCUCACCUCCCCCGCCCCCCCAGGUCGGCGGCUGGGGCGCACAGUCACCAACACCAAAUACCUAAUGUGCGCAACCUCCACAACUCUGGGGGACUCAGGCAGCCCCCACCAGCCCCUGCCCCCCCCUGCCGGGAAACCGGGCGCACACAGGCGCCGAGCAGAAGGCUAGUGUAGCAAUGGAGGCUGAGAGAUGAAGGGCCGCACAGGACUGAAAAGCCCCCCUUCCACCUCGGGGAGGGAAGGAAAUGGGCUAUGAAAGCGGGGAGGGUGGGAAGGGUGGGAGGUUGAUAAUGGGUAAAAAUGGGUUUUGGUCUUUUUGGACGGGUGGAUAUGGAAAGAGAUGGAAACUACGCAAACCAAGAAAAACUCAACGUGGACAAUUUAAGAAGAGGAGAAAACCAAUGCAAAUAUCAAUACAAAAAUAGAAAAAAAAGAUACGCACACACACACACACACACAUAGUAAUAAGAGAGCAACUGAAAUCUUUGUUAGUUUUUUCCUAAGUAAAUGCAUAGAUAAGAGAAAUAUUAUUGAACUAAAAAAAAAAAACAAAUUAAAAAAAAAUUGUCACGCCCAAGGAUUCUAUGUGAUGUUCAAGGACAUUCAAGGCAGCAAACUUAAUUGUCUGUUUUUUGUUUAGUUUUUUUUUCUUUCAUCUUUUCAGCCAGUGUUUUUUGUCACUGGUGUUCUGUGUUUCUGCAUCUGACUGUGCUGCAUGAGGAGAGAGGAACUUGCAAUGCAGUGUUUAAGAUUGACUCAAAAAUCAUCACGCACGUGUGAGUGUGUACGCAUGUGAGCGGGUGGUCAAGUUUGUAAUCAAAAAUGUAUACACGCACACAUAUAUCUGUAUAUUCACACACACACACACACACACACACACACACACACACACACACACACACACACACACACACACACUAGCAUCUAGAGGAAACACCUCCAUACUGUCAUCCCCAUCGUCAAAGGUGGGACUUUUCUUACCUCACCUGGUGGUCACCUGACUUCUUUCAGCCAAUCAGGGAUUCUUCUUAAACCAACCAUUGCCGCCGCCGACACAGGACACGUUUUUAAAGGUUUUUUCUUAAAGGCAGCAGCCACUCUGGUUUAUGCUAACUGAUCCUUGCUGCAAUGGCUUUUUCCUGACACAGUUUUAAACCUGGACUCAGACUACAACUGUCCACUGUAUACCUUUUCUCUGGAGAUUUGGGUUAUUACAAGAAGAAAUGAAAAAUCAUGGUUUAAUGUAAUAUCUUUAUAAUGCUAAUUGUUCUGUAUUUGUUGAGAGGUUAAGGGAGGUGGCUUUGAAUUUGGGUGGGACUUAAGGCUGAUUUUUUUUUUUUUUUUUGGAAAGAGUGAAUCAAACACAGCUUAAAUCGCUACAGAUUUGAAAAAAGAAAACAAAAAAACAAAACAUGACUACUCCAUCUUUGUAAACAGAAUUGCCACUUUGCAUGACGUGUUCAUAACGUGUAACAUCUUUUGUAGCAAACAUACAUGAGGUUGAGACAUGGAAAUGGGAGGGGGUGGAGUUAAAGAUGAGGGUGGGGUGGUGGGUGUUAUUCCCAAAGUUAAAAGAAAUGCAAUAGUGCAAAGUGUCUUUUUAGAUAUGAGAAAGAAAAGAAGAAAAUGGGUGUGGGGCAGCUUGGGGGAGCCCACCACAGGCUAUUUGGGGACACUACAGACUACUUUCAGAUUUACAGUAUAUAUAUACCCUCAGAUACUGUACUACAGAGGGUUUUUUUUACAACUUUUAGGUCUCUAGUUUCGACCAGUCCCUGGUCCAUUGAUACUGCUGAGGGACAGUUCAGGGAUGACCCUGAUAUAUGGCAAUAUUUAAAAUGCAGGGUUUGCCCCUUUUUUAGUUUGUCCUGUUUGGAUUAUUUUUACAUUCGAUAAAAGAAGAGAGAAUAAAAAGAGAUAUUUUGAAUAGCUGAAGGUCUUUUUUUUUAAAAAGAUGAUUAGGAAAAAAUUAUGGCUAUAAUAAUAAAUAAAUAACCAACUUCCUUUUUAUUAUUUAGACUAAACUAAUGUUUGAGUUCAUCCUUUUUCCAUGCUUCAUACUUUAUUUGGUUAAAUCAGAGCGUUUCCGGGUGGGCCUGUUCCUAAAUGGUUUCUCAUGUAUGUUUCCCCCCUUGUAUGACUGUAUGAGACCAUUCCCACAAUAUUUGUGGACUACCUGAUAAUUAACUUAUCAUUUUUGUGAACCUAAAUAAAUAUUGUAUGUCAACCUAAUUGGCAUGGUUUGCUGGAGUGUGUGACUAUUGGCACCACAGUUUGAACAGAUUGAAUAUGAGGGAAGGGGUCCACAUAAAUUGUCAUAUAGUUCCGUGUGUGUGUGUGUGUGUGUGAGAACUAGAGACACCAGAGCAGUGUGUUAAAUAAUGACACUAGGAAGAGCGAUGCAUCAUAAUCCAACGCUUGGCUACCUCUCAGCCAGGCAGAUUUAAUACUGUCACCCAGCCAGACUACAAAGUCAUGUUCUACAAACCUCUCCGUCUUUUUCUGCAUCUCUGUCUGUCUGUCUGUUUCUCGCUCUGUGUGUCUGAGAACUAAGCAGUCUGUCUGAUGUUCUGCAGCUAAAGAUGGAAGGGCCGGAGAUGAAAGCCAAAAUGGAGGAGAGGAGGGAGAAAAGCUUUUGAAAGAGGGAAUUCAGCU